AUGGGCUGCACCGUGAGCGCCGAGGACAAGGCGGCCGCCGAGCGCUCCCGCAUGAUCGACAAGAACCUGCGGGAGGAUGGCGAGAAGGCGGCGCGGGAGGUGAAGCUGCUGCUGCUGGGUGCUGGCGAGUCUGGGAAGAGCACCAUUGUCAAACAGAUGAAGAUCAUUCAUGAGGAUGGCUACUCAGAGGAGGAGUGCCGGCAGUACAAAGCUGUGGUAUACAGCAACACCAUCCAGUCCAUCAUGGCCAUCAUCAAGGCAAUGGGGAACUUGCAGAUUGACUUUGGAGAUUCCUCCAGAGCAGAUGAUGCUCGGCAGCUGUUUGCGCUCUCCUGCACCGCUGAGGAGCAGGGCAUCAUGCCAGAGGACCUGGCCAAUGUGAUCCGGAGGCUGUGGUCUGACAACGGGGUCCAGGCUUGUUUUAACCGCUCCCGAGAGUACCAGCUGAAUGACUCUGCUGCCUACUACCUGAACGACCUGGAGAGGAUAGCCCGUGCUGACUACAUCCCCACCCAGCAGGAUGUGCUGCGCACCAGGGUGAAGACCACUGGCAUCGUUGAGACCCACUUCACCUUCAAGGACCUGCACUUCAAGAUGUUUGAUGUGGGUGGCCAGCGCUCAGAGCGGAAGAAGUGGAUCCACUGCUUCGAAGGGGUGACUGCCAUCAUUUUCUGUGUGGCCCUGAGUGCCUAUGACCUGGUGCUAGCUGAAGAUGAGGAGAUGAACCGGAUGCAUGAGAGCAUGAAGCUGUUUGAUAGCAUCUGCAACAACAAGUGGUUCACAGAUACGUCCAUCAUCCUCUUCCUCAACAAGAAGGACCUCUUUGAGGAGAAGAUUGUGCACAGCCCCUUGACCAUCUGCUUCCCUGAGUACACAGGGGCCAACAAGUACGAUGAGGCAGCUGGCUACAUUCAGAGCAAGUUUGAGGACCUGAACAAGCGGAAGGACACCAAGGAGAUCUACACCCACUUCACCUGUGCCACCGACACCAAGAACGUGCAGUUUGUCUUUGAUGCUGUCACUGAUGUCAUCAUCAAAAACAACCUGAAGGACUGCGGCCUCUUCUGAAGGCUGGCACUGCCCAGGACCCCUGGCUGCGCCAGUGAAGGAAGGAAGGACCGCGCCGCCCCCCACUCCUGCUUCUCUUCGGAUUCAUCCCCCUGUCCCUACCCCGUAAAGAGACUUUCUGGGUGUCAGUGUGGUGGCAGGACCCAUGUCUCCCCUGCCAUCUGCGCUUGCCCCCCACCAUCCUCCUCGUCCUCGCCGGCGUUGCCCUUCCUGGGGAAAGCGAUGUUUUAAUCUUGGUCUGUAACCCCGAACUGCUCCAGCCCCCCCUAGUUCAUUCGCUCCUGCGCCCAGGCGCUCUCACUGUUUACAUUGCAAGUGUUGCUGGCACAGGGGGGGCACACAGUGAUCCCCUUGGGAAUGCCCACCUGGCCAAAAACACAACCGAUGACAUUCCUUUUAGUAAACCAGAAAAGAAAGGAAAAAAAAACCCAAACCACCCCAAGA